AUGUUUGAUGCCUCUUCAAAUAUGCAUUGUAACAAUGAUAACCGCAUCGAGACAUUUCUUUUGGAAAACAUUAAGACAGCAUUACGAAAUUCUCUCUCUCGAUUUCCUUUCAAGUUGACAAGAUUUGAGACUUUUGAUAAGCAAUUGGAUAACUGGAUAACUACACAAGAUGUCAUUCGAUUGAGACCUUUAAACAAAAGGGAACAGCUGGCAAAAGACAAUGUAUCAUGGGAAUGCAUUGAUGACCAUUCUAUUGUAUAUAAACCACAACAACCUCAUGAGCGUGUGCCUCAACCCUCUUCCUUUACAUUUGAUAAAGUUUUUGGCCCUACAACAAUCACAGAAACUGUCUAUGAGGAUGGAGUCAAGACUGUUGCUUUAUCUGCUCUAAUGGGCAUCAAUGCUACCAUAUUUGCUUAUGGUCAAACAAGUAGUGGAAAGACAUAUACUAUGAGAGGAAUCACAGAAAAAGCUGUCAAUGAUAUUUAUCAACACAUAAUGCAGACUCCUGAAAGAGACUUCAGAAUAAAGAUAUCAGGCCUAGAAAUCUACAAUGAAAAUGUAAGAGAUUUGCUGAAUUCAGAAUCUGGACGCAAUCUCAAGCUUCUAGAUGAUCCGGAGAAAGGAACAGUAGUUGAGAAGUUAGUGGAGGAAACAGCAACUGAUGAUAAACAUUUAAGAAGUUUAAUCAGUGUUUGUGAAGCUCAAAGACAAGUAGGCGAAACUGCUUUAAAUGACACUAGUUCCCGAUCACACCAAAUAAUAAGACUCACAAUAGAAAGUACACUUCGGGAGACUUCAGACUGUGUUAGAUCCUUUGUAUCAAGCUUGAAUUUUGUAGAUUUAGCUGGAAGUGAAAGAGCAUCACAGACACAUGCUGAUGGUGCUAGGCUCAGGGAAGGGUGUCAUAUCAAUCUUAGCUUGAUGACUCUCACAACUGUAAUUAGGAAGCUCAGUGUUGGAAAAAGAAGUGGACAUAUUCCAUACAGAGACUCUAAGUUGACUCGCAUACUACAACAUUCGCUAGGUGGCAAUGCCCGAACUGCUAUUAUAUGCACUUUGAGCCCCGCUUCUAGCCAUGUGGAACAGUCGAGGAAUACUCUCUUUUUUGCUACACGAGCAAAGGAAGUAACAAAUAAUGCACAAGUUAACAUGGUUGUUUCGGAUAAACAAUUGGUUAAGCAUUUGCAAAAGGAAGUUUCUAGAUUGGAAGCUGAGUUGCGUACUCCCGAUCCAUCAAAUGAGAAAGAUUCUAAAAUUCGUCAGAUGGAGAGGGAAAUUGAAGAAUUGAGGAGACAAAGAGAUCAGGCAGUGUCACAAGUGGACGAGCUACGUCGUAAACUUCAAGAAGAACCAAAGGUAUCGAAUCCACCACAAUCAUCACUUCCAUUAGCCAAAAAAUGUCUCUCGUUUUCCGGGACAUUACCAUCGGUCAUUGUGGGAAAAGAACCAACGCGCUUCGAGAAAACACGAACCACAACAGUUCGACAAAGCAUGCGUCAAUCUUCAACAGCUCCAUUCACACUCAUGCACGAAAUCAGGAAGCUAGAACACCUUCAAGAGCAGUUAGGUGAAGAAGCAAAUAGAGCCCUAGAAGUUCUUCAAAAAGAGGUCGCGUGUCAUCGCCAAGGUAACCAGGACGCCGCCGAGACAAUCGCUAAAUUACAGGCGGAGAUUCGCGAUAUGUGCGCCAUCCGACCACCGCCAAAAGACGUCGACGUUGAGAACAUCGUCCCUGUUAACAAAAGCGUUAGCGCUAACCUAAAAGACGAAAUCACUCGACUUCACUCUCAAGGAAGCAACAUCGCGAACCUCGAAGAACAACUCGAAAAUGUCCAGAAAUCGAUCGAUAAAUUGAUCAUGUCGCUUCCUAAUAACGAUCUGAUGAAAAACCAGUCGAAGAAGAAAAAGUCGAGUCCUUUGACUUCCAGCAAUGCGGUCAACAAGCCGACAUUUAUAAGAUCUCCUUGUUCACCUCUUUCAUCUGCUCGGGAUGUAUUUGAUGCGGAAAGUGAAAAUAGAGCACCGGAAAACGAUGACACCGUCACCGGUGACACUCCGGCAGUGUCGGAGAAAGAGACUCCGGUGAAGAGCGAGGAAGGUACUCCACAUCGACGUUCGAGUUCUGUUAAUAUGAGGAAAAUGCAGAAAUUGUUUCAAAAUGCAGCGGAAGAGAACGUGAGAAGCAUAAGAACUUAUGUAACGGAGCUCAAAGAACGUGUAGCCAAAUUACAAUACCAAAAACAGCUACUUGUUUGCCAGGUGCUUGAGUUGGAAGCUAAUGAAGCAGCAGGAUAUGAUGUUGAAAAUGAUGAGAACACAGAAGACAUACCUGAGGUGUCCCCAGUUCCAUGGCAUAUAACAUUUAGAGAGCAAAGACAGAAGAUAAUUGAAUUAUGGGAUCUCUGUUUUGUCUCAAUAAUCCAUAGAACUCAAUUCUAUAUGCUAUUUAAGGGAGACCCAGCUGAUGAGAUUUACAUGGAAGUCGAGCUGAGGCGACUCAAUUGGCUCGAACAACAUUUAACCGAACAUGGAAAUGCAACCCCGGCUCGUGGUGGUGCUACAGAUGGGCCCACAAUCUCCAUAUCUUCAAGCCUUAAAUCACUGAAGCGUGAAAGGGAGUUUCUAGCAAAGAGGUUAACAACACGUUUGACAACAGAAGAAAGAGAACUUCUAUACAUGAAAUGGGAUGUACCCCUUGAGGGAAAGCAACGUAGGAUUCAAUUUGUAAGCAAACUAUGGACAAAUCCACAUGAUGCUGAACAUGUACAAGAAAGUGCUGAAAUAGUUGCAAAGCUUGUUGGGUUCCGUGAAGGUGGAAAUUUGUCUAAAGAAAUGUUUGAGCUUAAUUUCGUGCUUCCUUCUGAUAAUCGACCAUGGAUCAUGGGGUGGAACCCCAUCUCAAAUCUUCUCAAUCUGUGAGAAGGAAAAUUUAAUGGUUUCAUUUUAUUUUUUUGGCAAGUAAGAAUGGCAUUCAUUCUUUAUUUAUUUAUUUUACUUUUGAAUGUAUAUGAUGAAUGUUGGAUGUUGGAAAUAUGAAUCUCUCCUCCAUUAUUGUUAGUUGAUGAGCAUGAUUUAAGGACAGGCAUAUGCAUCUUUUCAUUUAAACUGUUUCUGGCUUAAAAAUAUAGAGACACUUGAAAUACCUACGGUCAGUUUUUUCUUAUUAAGAUAAUGUUAC